AUGUCUAGAGUCAAAAGAAUCGCAAAGGAAUUAGAAGAGUGUCGUCAAGACAAACAAUCAGGUGUCACGCUUGAACUCAACAAUGAUGCCGAUUUAACUCAUUUAACAGGGUACUUUGCUGGUCCACCAGGUACACCAUACCAAGGUGGUUUAUUCCAAGUUGCAAUAGAUAUCCCUAACGAAUAUCCAUUCAAACCACCACAAAUGAAAUUUACCACCAAGAUCUACCAUCCCAACAUUUCAUCAGUUACUGGUGCUAUAUGUCUCAAUAUCUUGAAGGAUAAAUGGACACCGGUCUUGACUUUGAAAUCGACAUUGAUCUCAUUACAACUUUUGUUGCAAUCGCCAGAACCUAAUGAUCCACAAGAUGCUGAAGUUGCCAAGCACUAUUUGAGUAAUAAAGCUGGAUUUGAAGAGACUGCUGCUUAUUGGACUAAAUUGUAUGCUAACGAUGGGAAAUCUGAAGGUGAAGGAGGAGCUGGAGCUACUGUGGUUAAAGAUUCGGCGUUGUAUGGUAUUGAUGACUCGAUUGUGACUCAAUUUGAGAAUAUGGGGUUCCCUAGAGAUAAGACGAUUGAAGUGUUGAGAAGAUUGGGUAUCAAGAGCUUCAAUGGAGUUACUAAUAAGGGUGAUUUGGAGAAUAAGAUUUUGGAAGAGUUGUUGAGAGAGUGUCAAUAG